AUGGAUUACCAGAACCGCGCCGGUUCCAAAUUUGGCGGCGGCGGCGUCGCCUCCCACUCCGCAACGAACGCCGACCGACGCGAACGUCUCCGCAAACUGGCCCUGGAAACAAUCGACCUCGACAAAGACCCCUACUUCUUCAAGAACCACGUCGGCAGCUUCGAAUGCAGACUAUGUCUCACAGUGCACCAAAACGACGGGUCCUACCUAGCGCACACGCAGGGGCGGAAACACCAAACGAACCUUGCGCGGCGCGCGGCGCGCGAACAGCGCGAGGGCAAGAACCAAGACCCGUCGUCCAUUCCCGGGGCGAUGGGCGUGCAGGUCAAGAAGCAGACGAUCAAGAUCGGACGACCGGGGUACAAGAUCACGAAGAUUCGGGAUCCGUUGACGAGACAGCUGGGGAUGUUGUUCCAGUUGCAGUAUCAGGAGAUUACGCCGGGAGUUACGCCUAAGGUGCGGUUUAUGUCGGCGUUUGAGCAGAAGGUGGAGGAGCCGCCGGACAAGAAUUUCCAGUAUUUGGUUGUCGCUGCGGAGCCGUAUCAGACUUGUGGGUUUAAGUUGCAGGCGAGGGAGAUUGAUCGGCGCGAGGGACGGUAUUGGACUUGGUUUGAUGAGGAUAGUAAGGAGUUUUGGGUCCAGAUUAUGUUCAAGACGGAGAGAGAGGAGAGGUUCUCGGGUGUGCCGGGGUUGGCGCCUAUUGAAAAUAAGGCUUGA